GGUAAUAUGUGCACAAAAGGGGUGCAAAGACAACACACUUCAGUUUGUCAGCAGGAGUUGUGGUGAACGUGAGCAGCAGCCGAGCGUAGCAGCGACAGCCGACAUGAAAUUCCAAACUCUUUUGUCCCUGCUGCUCAUCAUCUGCACCACGCUGUGUGUGGCACAAGAAUCAGCAGUGGCUGCUUCAUCUGAGUUUGACCCCCAAGAAAAUGCUCACCCCCAGGAUUCCUAUCAAACCUUUGAUGGUUCCUACGGCAACUGCUGUUUGGGCCACGUGCGCAGGAUGAGAGCCAACGCCAUCGUCAACAUCGAGAGCUACAGGAUACAGGAAACAGAUGGAGACUGCAACAUCAGAGCUGUCGUCUUCACCAUGAUGAGAACGCCCGGCCGUAAAAACCAGCGCACCGUCUGCGCCGACCCGGACAAGAAAUGGGUGAAGAAGCUGAAGGAGGCUGUGGACGCCAGGGAGAAAAUCAGCAGGAGAUAAACAUAAAACAUCAUAAAUCUUCCAGCACGCCUGUAAAUGUGCUAUUUCCUGCCACUGACAAAAGAAUGUAAGUUAGAUCAGGACACGUCGUCUAUUUUGGGAACUACAUUGGAACUUUGUUUUAUUUCCUGUGUGGAGCCUGCAAGAAAUGAGCCAAUAUUGGACAGCUUUGGACUGUACAGCCCUCAAAUAUUCAUAUAAUUCAUAUUCAUAUAUUCAUCCUAUAAACAUAGUUUCACUAGGAAUCAACAAUGAGCACAUUUGAGCUGGAAAAGACACAAAAAAGUCAAUUUUUCCCCCCAUAUUUUCUGACACAAAAGGUUCUACAGUGGAGACGGGAUUCAUGUAGCCCCCAUUUCUGGGUGGAUCUCGCGUGAGAGGGAGGAGGGGGUUAAUCAUUUUGCAAUGCACAAAUGUAAUGCCGAGCGCAUAUCAUUAUGUCAAGAUAAUGGCACUAGCAUUUACUUCAUUUAAGAAUAUUUUUCAACAUAUUGAGCAAAAAGGUCUCCUUUUUUUUCUCCCAAGAAAAGUGCACUUGUUAUUAGUGAGAAUAUACUUAUUUUAAGGUAUUUUUGGGUUCAUUGAGGUUAGCUAAUUUAACUUGUUUUGGAAAGUCUUGACAAGCCACAUUUUCUUGUUCUAUUGGCAGAUAAUUUUGCUUAGUUCAGAUAAAAUACCCCUAAUUUUUGUAUUUUUUAUUUUCUUGUUUUUGAACACUGACUUUUUGCAGUGUAGACCCCGAGAGUAACAAGUGGUUGCCUUGUUGCCUUUCCAUUAAGAACAAUAAACUCGUUUUUAGUAUAAAUUUGCUAGUUUCUAGAAAUAUAAUGCCGAGCGCAUAUCAUUAUGUCAAGAUAAUGGCACUAGCAUUUACUUCAUUUAAGAAUAUUUUUCAACAUAUUGAGCAAAAAGGUCUCCUUUUUUUUCUCCCAAGAAAAGUGCACUUGUUAUUAGUGAGAAUAUACUUAUUUUAAGGUAUUUUGGGGUUCAUUGAGGUUAGCUAAUUUGACUUGUUUUGUAAAGUCUUGAAAAGCCAAAUUUUCUUGUUCUAUUGGCAGAUAAUUUUGCUUAGUUCAAAUAAAAUACCCCUCAUUUUUGGAAUUUUUUUUGUUGUUGUUUUGGAACACUGACUUUUUGCAGUGUAGACCCCGAGAGUAACAAGUGGUUGCCUUGUUGCCUUUCCAUUAAGAACAAUAAAUGAGUUUUAGUAUAAAUUUGCUGGUUUCAAGAAAUGUAAUGCCGAGCGCAUAUCAUUAUGUCAAGAUAAUGGCACUAGCAUUUACUUCAUUUAAGAAUAUUUUUCAACAUAUUGAGCAAAAAAAAUCUCUUUUUUUUUCUACCAAGAAAAGUGCACUUGUUAUUAGUGAGAAUAUACUUAUUUUAAGGUAUUUUGGGGUUCAUUGAGGUUAGCUAAUUUUACUUGUUUUGGAAAGUCUUGACAAGCCAAAUUUUCUUGUUCUAUUGGCAGAUAAUUUUGCUUAGUUCAAGGAAAAUACCCCUCAUUUCUGUUUUUCUUGUUUUUGAACACUGACUUUUAGCAGUGUAGACCCCGAGAGUAACAAGUGGUUGCCUUGUUACCUUUCCAUUAAGAACAAUAAACUAGUUCUUAAUGCCGAGCGCAUAUCAUUAUGUCAAGAUAAUGGCACUAGCAUUUACUUCAUUUAAGAAUAUUUUUCAACAUAUUAAGCAAAAAGGUCUCCUUUUUUU